GACUCUUGCCAUGAAGAAGAAGAGACUUGCCAAGAAGGCAGAGAAGCCGAGCAACGCGGAGGCGGAGGCGGAGGAUUGGUUGGGAGACAAGGACGAAGGGGAAGAUCAGCUUGACCUCCACAGCGAAGAGGCCUCAGAGGCGGAGGAAGUCGAGGAUGGCGAGGCGGAUGCGGAUGCGCCUGAAGAGGAUGCUGACGCGGAGGAAGCCAUGGAUGACACCAAGGGCGACAAGCGCCUGGGUUCCCGCAUUCUGGCGCGCGUCAGCGAAGGCAAGCAGAUGGACCUCACUGCAUUGAAGCAAGAGAUCCAGGAUGAUGCUGGCCUGCUGAGUAAUUGGCGAAAAGCGCAGCUGCUGGGUGAGAAGCGGUCGCGCGAGGAGGUCUUCAAGAACCUCAUCUCCAACUGCUCCACGUACUUCGGGUACUCCGAGGACCUCGCGGAGUACUUUCUGCAGAUGUUCAGCCCGGAGACGGCCGUGAAGUUCUUUGAGGCGAAUGAACAGACGCGGCCGCUGACCCUGCGCACCAACACGCUGAAGGCGAGACGCAGCUCCCUGAUGCAAGCGCUCACACAGAGGAAGGUGCAGGUGGACCCAAUUGGCGCCUGGACGAAGGUGGGCCUGAAGGUCUACCAGUCCCAGGUGCCGGUGGGUGCUACCCCCGAGUACCUGGGAGGGCAUUACAUGAUUCAGAGCGCGUCCUCCUUCAUCCCCGUCAUGGCCCUGGCGCCACAGCAAGACGAGGUGGUUUUGGACAUGGCGGCCGCGCCCGGCGGCAAGACCACGUACAUUGGACAGCUGAUGCGAAACACUGGCACCUUGUUUGCCAACGACAUGAAGCGGGACCGAUGUAAGUCGCUGGUUGCCAACGUGCACCGCCUGGGCUUGACCAAUGUUGUAGUGACAUGCCUGGACGGCAAGAAACUGUCCAAGAUGCUGCCUCGGCUAGAUCGUGUUCUGCUGGAUGCGCCUUGCACAGGUUCCGGCAUCAUCGCCCGGGAUCCCUCGGUGAAGGUGAAGCGUGGCCUGAAGGACUUUGAAGGGCACAGCCGCUUGCAGAAGGAGUUGCUUACCGCAGCCAUUGACAUGGUGGACGCAGGCUCGAAGACUGGUGGUUACAUCGUGUACUCCACCUGUUCCGUCUCUGUGGAGGAGAACGAGGCCGUUGUGGACCAUGCGCUGAAGACCCGGAACGUGGAGCUGGUCUCCUUCACCAGCGCCGUGAACUUCGGCGUGGAGGGCCUCACCAAGUACCGGGAGCGGCGCUUCCACCCCUCGCUGAGCCUCACACGGCGCUACUACCCGCACGUGCACAACAUGGAUGGGUUCUUCGUGGCGAAGCUGAAGAAGACCUCCAACAAGGUGCCGGAAAGGAUCAAGAAAGACAGAUCCAAGGCAGAAGACAAGGUCUGGGGCGAGGAGCACUGGACUGCGGACUUCAUGGAUUCGGUGGUGGACUUUGAGGCUUCAAACGGCAGCCCGAAAGCGAAGAAGAAAUUGCUGGCCCGGGAUCGCAAGAAGCAGAGACGGGAGGAGCUGAUCAAACUCCGGGGCUUCCAGCUGAAGUACCCGCCCAAGGUCAAGACGGAGCAGAGCCUCUCCGCCGUGUCGCAGAAGGAGAUCCCCUCACGGCUGCAGAACCUGAAGAACAAAGCCGUGAAGCUGGCGAUGGCCACCAAGGCUCGUGCCGGGGAUGUGAUGGAGCUGGCGGUCUCCAAGGUUCAGUCUGUGAAGGCACAGACCGUGGAGCUGGUCACCUCGGCGCGGAGCAAAGUGGUGGACACGGCUUCGACGCUGAGAGCCGGCGUCGCGGCGCGGGUCACGAAGGUCCUGCAGGCGGCAGAGGCGGCGAAGGCGAGCGCCAGGACAAGGCUGACAGAUGCACAGGCUGCGGCGGUCAAGAGCUACAGCAAGCUGCGACAGGAGGGCGUGAGGGUCUGGACCCGGGACACCGUGCAGCUGCUCUCGACGUAUGCGGCAUCUGGCAUCGCCAGCGCAAGGGGCCUGGCCAGGCAGAGCGUCACGGAUGCCAGAGCUGCCAGCGUCAAGUUGGUGGAAUCCACACGGAAGGCGGUCAAGGACAGGGCCGAUCAGACUGUCGAAGGCGCCAAGGCGACGUACUCCCAGUCGAAGCAGCGAGCGCUGCAGACCGUGGAUGACGUCAAGGCCAAAGCCCACGAGGUCUCCGACAAGGCCAAGGCCGCGGCCCAGGACGGCCACGUCCGCGCCACCGCGGUGGGGGUGGCCGGCGGCGCCACCACCCUGGGCGUCACCGGUGCCACCACGGGCCUCGCGGCGGGUGCCGCCGUGGGCGCUGCCGUGGGCGUGGUGCCGGCCCUUUUCACCUUCGGCCUGUCCAUCCCCGUGGGGGCCAUGCUGGGAGGUGGAACUGGACUGGUGGUGGGCACUGCAGUUGGCACCACCGCCGGCGCGGUGAGCGGCGGCGCCGCAGGCUACGGCGCCUAUGCCAAGCGCGACCAGAUCGAGGAGUUUCGCACCAAGACGGUGACCCGGAUCUCCUCGAGCGUGGAUGUGGUGAAGGGCAAGGCUGCAGCCUCCAAGGCCUACAUCAAGGACCAGGCUUCGGCUGCGCGCGCCCGCAUUGCGCGCGCUUAGAUGGGCCGGGCCGGGCCUUUCGGCCUUUGGGCCAGGCAGUCGCAAGGUUUUCCAUUGUACAGAUUGCACUCCUGCGGAGGACUGAAUCCUUCGGUGAGGAUUGUGGCUCUGGCUUGGGCCGGAAGCGAAUGUUGAGACGGCAUGGGCCUCUCAGAGACAGCUUUCACAGAGCAUUCAGUGCUUCAGGUGGCGAGAGGCUACCUGAAAGCACUCCUCUCUUCCAUAAUUCGCCUGAUUUGGAUGGACCUCUCUGGCCUGACAGGGGCCAGUUCCAUCAUGUUUUGCCCAAGAUUGCAUCGCCCCAAGAAGGGCCAGCAAAAAGAUUGCCAAGAAAGGAAGGAGC